AUGGAGAUUGUUCCGGCUCAGCCAAUUCCUGCAAAACCGACUGUUAUCUUCGAGGCAAGACUUCGAUCAUUCGUUGAGGAUGAUUUAGGUUGCAAUGAUUUGAAAGCUACUCACAAGGUUCUUUCUGAGUUUAUUCAGAAGCCAGAAGUUGAAGACAUUAUUUGCAGCAUUGACGUUGACAUAUUGCCUCUUCUUGCACAACGUAGUACUGAGUGGGGGGUCAAAGGUAUAGCUUUACAUAUGGAGUCUUUAGUCCCAGUUGAAAUCGUCGCCGUUGAAAAUCAAGAAAAGCCUACUCAUCUCACACUUCGAGAUGUAUCAAGCCGUUUCUGUGUCUACAGGAUGCAUGGUACUCCGCCACCGCCACCGUUGACACGUUCAUCUGAAGACCCCGAUGGCGUGGAUUCAGAUGUUGAAUACGAUGAGGAUCCAGAGAUACCAUCGGCUGAAGUUUUUGACAUGCCUCAUCAUGAUUUUGAUGGAUGUUGGGAGGAGCUCAUCUUUGAUCAAAAUCAUAAGGAAGAUCUGUCUUGGAUGAUAUCGAAUAUGCUGUUGCUUUCUGCAAUCGCAGUACCUGCAAAGAAAAAAAUGAGUCCAAUGGCUCUUUUUCAUGGUCCUCCAGGAACGGGAAAGACAACACUAUGCCAAGCAAUUGCACAACGAUUAGCCAUUCGGUUGGUCGAACAAUUCCCACAUACGAAACUCAUCCAAGUCAAGACAGCGACGCUUUUAUCGAAAUACUAUAGUGAAAGCGCCAGCCAAGUCGAUGAUUUGCUUACCAAGAUCAAGAUAAUGUGCCAAGUCAAUCCAAAACGCAUCAUCAUUGUGUUGAUUGAUGAGGUUGAAUCUAUUGCCGUAUCAAGACACUCGGGUGUUAUGCAUGGAGAAGCUCAGGAUUCACUACGAGCCACCAAUGCUCUACUCACUGGUUUUGACAGGGUCAGAGCUUGUCCAAAUGUUGUUUUCAUGUCGACUUCAAACAUGAUUGAUUGCCUAGAUGAAGCAUUUGUCGAUAGAUGCGCUAUUCAGAUUCCAUUUCAACCACCUUCUGAGGAAUCUCAAUACAAAAUCUUAAAGGCAAGUGUGUUAGAGCUUGUGAGAAGACAGAUUAUCAUAGCCGAUGUUUCUAGACUCAUAGAUCACACACAGUUGAUACAAUCCUGGCAGGAGGCUACUCUCUACUCCGUCUUCCAGAAUGAAACUCCUACAGGAAAGCUGCUCUACAUCAUCAUUCAGUUGAACUCUCCGGCUGCUAAGGGAAAACUUGGUAUAUCUGGUCGAUUCCUAACACAGAUUCCUGAACAGGCUUUGAUGAGAUGCGCCAGGCCAAACAAGAUCUUGCAUCUGGCUGUCGCUUUGGAUUGCAUUAAAAAGUUCGUGGAAGAUUUGUUGAGUUCACGGGUCCAGAAACGAAGACCUUCGGAACUUGAAGCACAACCAGAUACAAAACACCACUGCUGCUGUCAUGCCAAAAAGGAUGGAUGA